AUGUCUUACUUCGCAGCAACAACUUUGCACCGUGCUCUGCGUCACUUUGAGACUGCUUGGCUUUUCACGAGAUCUGACUUCAAGACAAUAAUUUUUCCUGUGAUGGUGUUUGCAACUGUUGUAUCUCCUCGCCACAACCUGCUAGCUCUAUCUUACGCUCUCUGCUGGCUCUGGUUCCAUCUCUUUCAAUUCAAUGCGUCUAACCAAUCCUACUCUGCCCAUGAAGAUGUCUUAAACAAACCAUGGCGCCCUGUACCGUCCGGGCGCAUCAGCGCCAAGGAUUCUCGUGCCUUGCGUUGGGGACUCAUGUUGUUCUGCCUGGGCCUUUCAUCCCUUUUCAGCUUGAAUGCCGUCAUAACUAGCGCAGUGUUCGCUGUGCUUAUCAUCGUCCAUGAUGAUCUCCAUCUCGGCGACCAUCCCAUUUUCAGGAAUUUGUGCAACGCAGCAGGUUAUGUGACAUUUGAACUCGGUUCUUUGUUGAUUCUGUCAAGGGAAUCUUCGCUCGACGGAACGAGCAUCAAAGCACUUUACUGUAGCGCGCUUAUCAUACUUCUGACAAUCCAUGCGCAGGAUUUUGCCGACGUCAACGGCGAUCUGAAGUCGGGGCGACGAACUCUGCCAAUUAUAGCGCCGGAAGGAUCUCGUAUCUAUAUGCUUUGUGCACUUCCGCUAUCUUCUUUUGCGCUUGCCUCAUUUUGGAGUUUGGGGCCUCUCUCCAGCGUUCUUUUUGUUUCUAUGGGUUCUUGGGUCGGAAUUCGCUACUUUCGCGACAAGAUUUGUGACGAGUCAAACUACCGCCUAUACAACAUAUGGUUAAUGGGUGUCCAUCUUUUGCCAGCUAAUGUGCGUUUUCGUGCAUUGGCAUGGUAGUGACCCGUUGCGUCAUGACCAUGGCGGGGGGGAGGGGGGGGGCUUAUAUAGCUCACAAAAUUAUCAUUGACUGCAUCCAGUUAUAAGAGGAAACGUCCUACCUAUUCGUGAUAUGUCACCUGCUGGUAUGAUAUAUGUGCACUCAAUUUAUGCCCAUCCGUUCUACAUGCUUAAUAAUUUUGAAUUUGCUUUGCUCGAUAGCUAGCAGGUAGCACUUGUGGCCACAGUAUGCCGAAUACAUAAACUGACGACGGCGUUGCGAGAUGUUGACGCCACUCGUUGAACCGCACUGGGAGCAAGGUGCUCCUCCGUCUUUGCAUCAAUUCGAAACUGCGGAUGGACGACUGAUCGAUAAUACAUAUGUCGAUAACCGUUCUGCCUUCGCCG